CCACUCUGCAGAGAGCGCGGCAGUCAGUCGCUGUUGAACCAAGCUAGGGUACAGAUCGGAAAAUAAAAGAGAGAAUUGUAAGAGCUCGGAUGUUAACUUCUGUAAACGGCGGCUAAAAACUCAGAAGUGGGAUUAAUAAUCCAAAAUGGACGAUAAAAUCAUCCUGAACGACUUUUCGCUGACAACUCUAAAAGAUUGGCUACGUAUUCUGGGCCAAAAUACGGAAGGCUCAAAAGCCGAAUUAAUCGCGAGGCUGCAAGACAUCCCAACGGCAGUUCGGGGCGAUUGUCCACCGGAGCACCCCCAGAAAAACGCUCCACCAAGAAACGACAAUUUUUCUUCACUGGAUUUCCAGAAUUGUGAAAUUAACACCGAUCACGUAAGUGUGAAGGCGAUGAACAGAAAAGAAUCAACCGAAACUGGCAGUGAGAGGGAGACAAACAUGUUCGAGCUACAGCAACUACGCGCAGAGCUAGCAGAAGCGAAGGCAAUGCUUAACGGAACACGAUCGAGCUUGCAGUUCCAAGAACAACAACAACCAGAGCAAAGCAAGGCUACAGUUAGUUCCGUUAUCCAGACGGCGCAGUUUACGCAGGCUGGCGCCACAAAAGAGAACACAACAUUUCACUCGCCGCAGCGAUCCAAUGAGAGAGCGGAGAGCCAGCGUUUUCCAGUUGAUGUUCUCGCUCUCGCCAAAGAGACGAUAACCGAUUACGAUGGGAAAACUUGCGCGCGUGCCUGGAUAACAGUGGUCAAAAAUAUCGCACGCACUUUCAACAUCGAUGACAACCAUUUACGCAUCUUACUCAUCACUAAACUUAAAGGAAACGCGCAAGUCUGGUUACAUGCGCACCCUGCUCGAUUGAUCGAACCAAUUGACAAUUUGCUUGAUCAAUUGUCAUUGACUUUUGGCGAGCAAUCAUCCAAGGCUGAGAUCCGGCGAAAAUUCGAGAGUCGCAAGUGGAAAACCGAGGAGAAUUUCUGCAGUUAUUACGAUGAGAAGAUGGCUCUCUCAAACGGGAUAAACAUCGACGACGACGAACUACUGGACCAGGUGAUAGAGGGCAUACCGCUGCAAAAUUUCCGUACCCAAGCACGGAUUCAAUGCUUCUCUACUCCAUCGGAGAUGCUACGCGCAUUUUCGAACAUCCGUUUGCCAGCUCGGAGGGAGCCACCUUUACAGCCAACCGACUACAAAGAUGCCAUACGAUGCGCAAACUGUAAUUCAAGAGGACACAAAGCUGACAUCUGCAAGAAGCCCAAACGUGAACCAGGUUCGUGUUACGCCUGUGGACAAUUUGGACACCUGGUGGCACAAUGUCCCACAAGGAAGAGCGUUUCAACUAAUAAUUAUAAUGCCUCAUAGACUCUGGCAGUCCUAUAUCUAUCAUUAAAAAGUCACUUAUUAACGAGACAAUGAAGUUAGCCCCAGUUAAUACUUCCUAUUUUGGUUUAAACAACUGUAUUCUCAAAACACAUGGACAAACAACAUGUUAUGUAUUGAAAGGAUCAAUAAAAAUAUAUUUUCGUUUAAUCAUUGUUUGCGACCAGUCUAUGAGGUAUAAUGUUAUUCUCGGCAGAGAUUUUUUAACUGCAUGCAAUUUAAAUUUAGACCCGUACACCUUGGGAAUGAUU